UGUAAUAAGUAAACAGGCCCUUUUAAAACAGCUGUUUCAUAUGAUGAAAUUUUCGAGUUUAUUGUAGCUCAUGUUACAGUAAUGUUUUUAAUCUUUAGACUAUAAAUUAUUGUUGAUUUCUAUCUAAUUAAUUGUAAAAAAUAUCUGGUUAAGAUGGCCUCACUUUCAUUCGGUAAACUGGUUUGCAUACCGAUUCGCUCUUCUCCUUUAUCUGUGUGUCAACGGUGUCGUCCAUUAUUAAGUCAACUGCUUAUCAGAAAUUAUAUGUCAUCUAAUGUCCAAAAUCAGCUAUUGAAACAAUCUUAUUUACCGAUGCAGCAACUGUUAGUAAAUUGGAGAACCAUCAAGGUUAAAUGUGUUGGAAAUCAUAUUAUAAUAAGUAACUAUUCGACAUCUAAUGGGGACAAAAAGGAAGAAAGAUUCAGGUCACCUUUGGAUAGACAAUCUCGGUCCAAUUCAAGUGACAGUACGAAAGAUAAAGACGCAAACAAAGAGAAAGAUCCCGAAAAAGAAAAAGAGGACCCAGAAAAAAAUAAAAAAGACGAUCAGAAAGUUUACAUGUUCGCUCAUUCUGUACUCUCUAUGUUCUUGAUUGGAUAUUUACUUUACGCUAUGCAAUCUGACCCACAAGGUGAAGUUAAUAUGGGUUUCAUAUCUUGGAACGAGUUCUAUCAUUUAAUGUUGAGUACAGGAGAAGUAAAACAAUUGACUAUUCGUCCUGACCGAAACAUGGUCAUUGUUCAACUUCAUGAUGGAGCUAUAAUUCAAGGAAAAAGGCCUUAUCUUAGAACUUUUUUCCUAAAUGUUGCUGACAUCGAAUCAUUUGAAAGAAAAUUGAGAAAAGCUGAAGAAGAUCUGGGAAUAAGCUCCGAAAAUGGUGUUCCUGUUUUCUAUGAAAGAGGUGGUGACAAUAGCUACAUCACUCUGUUGUUGUUAAUUAUGUUAGCCUUAUACGCUCUCUCUUUAACACAAGUCCGAUCAAGUGUCUCAUCUUCUAGUAAUGUUUUCUCCAAACUUGGAAGAGCACGUUUCACUGUUGUUGAUUCAUUAACAGGGGCAGGUAAAGGAGUUAAAUUUGCCGAUGUUGCAGGUCUCAAAGAAGCAAAAAUUGAAAUUAUGGAGUUUGUCGAUUAUCUCAAAGCUCCUGAAAAAUUCAAGGCAUUAGGAGCUAAAGUACCUCGAGGUGUUUUGCUUUUAGGUCCUCCUGGUUGUGGUAAAACUAUGUUAGCCAAAGCAGUUGCCUCAGAAGCAAAUGUUCCGUUUUUGGCGAUGGCUGGAACUGAGUUCAUCGAAAUGAUUGGUGGACUUGGAGCAUCUAGAGUGAGAGAUCUUUUCAAAGAAGCUCGAAAAAGAGCACCUUGUAUAGUUUAUAUUGACGAAAUCGAUGCAAUCGGAAGGAAAAGGAGUGGAACUAGAGUCGAAACUUCAGGAGAAGAAGAACAAACUCUAAAUCAAUUGCUAGUUGAAAUGGAUGGUAUGGCUGGCCGAGAAGGUGUCAUUCUUUUAGGGUCGACAAACAGAGCUGAAGUUCUGGACAAAGCACUACUUCGACCUGGUAGAUUUGAUCGACAUAUUCUCAUAGAUUUACCUACACUAGAAGAAAGAAAAGAAACUUUUGAGAAAUACUUGAAAAAUAUAAAACUUUCGAUAAAACCAGAAAAUGUCUCAUCACGUCUGGCCUCUUUAACUCCUGGAUUCAGUGGAGCCGAUAUCGCCAAUGUGUGCAAUGAAUCAGCCCUUAAUGCGGCUAGAUAUAAACGAAAAGCAGUUACUCCUAAUGAUCUUGAAUAUGCCGUUGAAAGAGUAAUUGGAGGAAUCGAGAAGAAAAGUCAAGCUUUAAGCCCAGGAGAGAAGAAGGUUGUGGCUUAUCACGAAUGUGGACAUGCUUUAACUGGAUGGUUAUUGAAGCACACCGAUGCUCUUCUUAAGGUCACUAUUGUUCCGCGAACUAACAAUGUGCUUGGUUUCGCUCAAUAUUUACCGUCAGAGCAACAACUUUACUCAAAGGAGGAAUUAUUUGAUAAGAUGUGCAUGGCUUUAGGCGGUAGAGUUGCUGAAUCUGUUAUUUUCAACAGAAUAAGCUCUGGUGCUCAAGAUGAUUUGAAAAAAGUUACCAAAAUGGCUUAUGGAAUGAUUAAACAAUAUGGAAUGGACGAUGUCGUAGGUCCACUAUCUUUUGCCAGUGAAGAUGGUGAUGAUAGCUUUUCAAAAAAACCUUAUAGUAAAAAAUUAGGCAAUAUUAUUGAUAACCAAGCUCGCAUGUUAGUUGCUCAGGCCUACAAAGCAACCGAAAAAAUUUUACUUGAAAACAAAGAUAAAUUAAAGAAACUCUCAGAGGAACUUUUGGAACGAGAAGUUCUUAAUUACAAUGACAUUGAAAAAUUGAUUGGCCCACCCCCACAUGGAGCCAAAAAGAUGAUCCAAUCUCUAGACUUGUCUGCUUAUGAAAACUCAGAGAGUCAAGAGAAUCAAGAAUCUUCACCCAAUGAAAUUAUUUCUAACGAUGAAAACAGACCAAAUAACUCUAAGCCUUCAGACAGAGUUUAAAUUAUUGUAUUUCAUGUAUAAUUGAAUUUGUAAUAUUUUAGAUUGUAAAUUUACCGAUAAAAUACUUAUAAAUCUUUAUCUUGUAAAAUAAUUAAGUAUAGCAACUUGUUAAACCUGCGAAAUAAAUAAACAAUUUAUUGACAUUAAAUAA